UCCGGACGUACGGCAUCUGCACGCAGGGGCUCCGAGCAGAACUUGAGUUGUCAUGGGUCGUAACGAUGCUCACCGUCUCUGGAGGAAGAGAACAGACGACAUUCGCAAUGUGUUCGACUUCAUGGAGGUGCUGGGAUCGGGUGCCUUCUCAGAGGUGUUCAUGGUGAGGGAGAAGAAAACGGGGAAGCAGUUUGCACUCAAGUGUGUUAAGAAGCAACAUCUGCAUGCAAAGAACUUGGAAAAUGAAAUCACUGUGCUGAGGAGGAUCAAACAUGAAAAUAUCAUCGGUCUGGAAGAUUUCUACGAAAGCGACACUCAUUAUUACCUUGUCAUGGAGCUCGUUUUGGGCGGUGAGCUGUUCGACCGGCUCUUGGAUCGUGGAACAUACACAGAAAAAGAUGCCAGCCAUGUUAUCCGGCAGGUGCUCCAAGGUGUCAGCUACCUGCACAGGAACAACAUUGUCCACCGUGACCUGAAGCCGGAGAAUCUGUUGUACUACAGCCAGGACGAGAAUUCGAAGAUCAUGAUUAGUGAUUUUGGUCUCUCCAAAAUAGAGGACAAUGGCAUUAUGUCUACAGCUUGUGGCACACCAGGAUAUGUGGCCCCUGAGGUCCUGGCUCAGAAACCAUACAGCAAGGCUGUGGACUGUUGGUCUAUUGGAGUCAUCACUUACAUCUUGCUGUGUGGAUACCCACCUUUCUAUGAAGAUAAUGAAAGCAAGCUCUUUUGCAAAAUUAUAAAAGCGGAGUAUGAAUUUGACUCACCAUUCUGGGAUGAUAUUUCUGCAUCCGCAAAGGACUUUAUUCGGAAUAUGAUGCAAAAGAACGCUAAACUGCGCUAUACCUCAGAGCAGGCGCUCAGACAUCCCUGGAUAAGUGGAAACACAGCAAGAAGCCAGGAUAUCUACCACUCCUUCAGGAAGCAGAUCCAGAAGAAUUUCGCUAUGUGCAAGUGGAGGCAAGCCUUUAAUGCAACAGUGGCCAUCUCCCACCUGAAGAAGCUGCAGCUGGCCCAAUCUGGGCCCACAAACCCCAGAGCGAACGUGCUCUUGCCAGAUAUUCAGAUUAGUGACCUGUCCUCCCCUGUUAUAGCAGGCCAGCGACUCAAUGCCAACUUGGAACAUAAUGGAAACCUGACAGGCAGUUGUGAGAGUGAGAAUGAUCUGAUGGUCAACUAUGUUAAAUACUGCAGAAAGGUCUACAAGAAUGAGGUGAGGGACACUGCCCUAGCAGGUCAGAGCUUCUGA